GCAGGCCUAAAGAUGCAGUGGACCCCAGAGCAUGCGCAGUGGGCGGAGCAGCACUUUGACAUCACCUCCACCACGCGCUCGCCGGCCCACAAGGCCGAGGCUUACCGGGGCCACCUGCAGCGCGGCGGCAGCACCUACCAGUACGCCUGGGCCAACGACGACAUCUCUGCACUCACCGCCUCCAACCUGCUCAAGAAGUACGCUGAGAAGUACUCUGGCAUCCUGGAGAUGCCCAGUGAGAGGGCCCUGCUGAACUCCUACGCCGAGGCCGGGAUGAACGGCAGAAAGGGGGAGGGCGAGGCCUGGCAGGAGGGGGUAUACUGCGUCCCUGAGGGGAUGUCCAUGAGGAAAGGAGGGGUGGCGGCGGAGGUGGCUGGUAUGUGCAGCUCGCCAUCCCCGGGCCUGGCCUCCAGCGGCCUGACAGAGCCUGGUUACUCCAGCAGCAGCUGUGGUAGUCACACCGCCACGGCCCUCCACUCCUCUGCAGGCUCCUCUCAGGAAUACGGCCCCAGCUACAGUGGCUCCUACCUGGGCUACAGCUCCCAGGUCACCAGCUCCCCGCUGCACAGCUCCGGUCUCUUGCAGCCCCCUCCUCCGCCCCCACACCCCUCCCUGGUCCCGGCCUACAAUGGGGGAUCCUCCAACCUUUCGGGCUACAAUUACCCACAUGCCGGGUACCCCUCCCAGAGCUCUGUGGGGCCAGGCUACAGCCCUGGGGGAGCCCCCCCUCCAUCCUCCUACCUACCGUCAGGGAUCGCCGCUCCCACCCCCCUGCCCCCCUCCUCCACGCUCCCCGGGUACCCCUACCAGUCGCACAACCUUGGCCCCAUCGCGCCCACGCCUCUGAAUGGCAGCUCGUCCAACUCUCUGAAGAGAAAAGCUUUCUACAUGACAGGGCAAGGAGAGAUGGACUCCACUUAUGGAAAUUUUGUCUACGGCCAGGCGCGCAGCACCGCAGAGAGCCCCAUGUACAGGGUACCGGACAGCAGCAUCUCAAAUGCGGGCGGCGGAGGGAAUGGUUUUGACAGGAACGCUGGCAAGUCAUCUUUGCCGUUUAAUACCCAAAAGCAGCCCAUGGCCUCUGAGCAAUCUGCGGGUGGAGCCCUCACCCCUCCGUCCUAUGCCUCCACUCGGGGUGGCUCGCGCUCAACCGACUCCCUGGGCAGCUUCACCUCUCCCUCUCUGAGCGACCAAGGGGACGAGCACCGCCUGCACCUCUCCCACCUCUCCCUGACGGGGGCGACCUCAUCCUCCCGGCCCGCUGAGGAGCAGCUGAAGAGCAGCGACCCCCACCUCCUGGACAUGGUGACCUCUGAGAUCCUGCAGCAGGGACCCCCAGUGGACUGGAGUGACAUUGCAGGCCUGGAACUGGCCAAGGCCACUCUGAAGGAGGAGGUUCUCUGGCCCAUGCUACGUCCGGACAUGUUCAGCGGCCUAGGUUCGGCCCCGAGGUGCAUUCUACUGUUCGGCCCCAGAGGAACGGGCCGGACGUUGCUGGGCCGCUGCAUGGCAAGCCAGCUGGGGGCACCCUUCCUGCAGCUCAGAGGCUCCACCUUGGCCACCAAGUGGCUGGCAGAGGGUGACAAGAUCCUGCGGGCCUCCUUCCUGGUGGCGCGCUGCCGCCAGCCCUCAGUGCUGUUCAUCAGCGACGUGGACAUGCUGCUGUCAGCCCAGCUCAGCAACGAGAGCCCCGUUCACCGCCUCAAGGCCGAGCUCCUGGCCCAGCUUGAUGCGCUGCUCCUGGGGCCGGCCGAUGACUCCAACAACCACGUCCUGGUAGUCUGCUCCACCAGCAAGCCCCAGGACAUGGACGAGGGGCUGCGACGGUACUUUGGCCGGCGGGUCCUGGUGCCGCUGCCGGACGGUUCGUCCCGCCACCACAUGCUGAGCCAGCUGCUGUCCCAGUCCCAGCGCAAGUACUGCCUCAGUGAGGAGGAGCUGGUGCUGCUGGUCCAGCGCACCGAGGGCUUCUCCGGCCUGGACGUGGCAAGGCUGUGCCAGGAGGCCCUGGUGGGCAUGCUGCACACCUCCUCCCAAGGCCUGGACCUCUCGGUGAGCAUCAUGCCCACGGGCCAGAUGCGACCCCUCACCUACCAGGACUUUGACAGUGUUUUUUGCAAAUUCCAGCCCAGUAUAUCACAGAAAGAGAUCGACACGUACACCGAGUGGAACAAAAUGUUUGGGUGCGGUCAGUGAACCUCGGGGGGAAAGUCCUCAAGAAAGAGGCGUUGGGAAUUCUUUGACCUGGCUGUGGUGCUAACCAGAGAGGAAGGCACACAAGAGGGGCGACGUAAACCCCCCCACACGUGAGACUUGACACCAGAGGUGGAGAAACAUCAAGAGACUUGGUUGGAGUGAUACCUGAUGGUUUUGCAGGUAACGAGCAGAGAUUUCAUUAGGAUGCUUGACGCUGCUAAAGUCAGGCAUAGUUAAGAAGGGGUCAACUUGAGAAGAGACAGAGGAGGACCGUGUGUAUAUAUACAUUUGUUGUUGUCCCCUAAAAAUAUAGUUGGCUAACCAAGUGCCUGUAGUGGUGCUUUCUAAAUUAUAAUUUCUUUUUUUUUUAUGUAUAAUGAUUUUGUUUGCCUCACAAUCUACAUUAAUGGCAUGUGCUGAUAUUAUGAGCUUUAAACUUCAACAGCAAAAUUAAAAUUAGAGUUGCCAUUUUCUCCUGCCAUCUCACCAAGUAUCAACAGUAUUCCUCAGGGGGUGACAGGAAUUUGGACCCCCGAUCCAUACACUUCAUCUCUGAUCCUCUGUCUGCAAAAAAAACUCAGGAAAGUGUUUGUGAAUUGUACAGUACCUCAACGUCAUCACCACACAAAAGCACUACAAUCCUCUGAGAGUAUUAAGACCAAGAUUUUUGUCAUUUAUAUAAUAUCUAGAGAAGCAGUGUUAGGUUUACCUCGAACCUUCUAGGGGAGACGGUCAAGGAGAUGAAAAUGAAUGUAACCAGAUUUAGUUCUGGAACGACGGGACAAAUAAGUCAAUAUGGAGAUUUCUCUUUUUCUUUUCCGGAGGUGCUUAAAUGAAGAAUUUGGCGAUGAGUUCAGUUUCCAUUUGAAGGUUUUUAGAAAAUGCGAUGCCCGAGUGUGUUUUUCUGAUCCCGAGUAUAUGUAUUGAUUGAAUCAAGAGAGUUGUUCCCCUGAUGUUUUAAGGGGGCACUGAUGACCACGUAUAGUGGCUUAUAUGAAUGUUAGGGGAAGGUGGUCAACAACGAACAACUCUUUAGAUGGAACGAUGAACUUCAGUUGCGACCGGUGCCGUGACACAGUGUGUGAUUCCGUAUUUCCCAGAAUAAAAUGCAACUUUAAGAUCACAUACUUUCUGUUUUCUACCUCAGUUGGUUUCAACUCAUCUAGGAGGCAGCAGAACAGUCGGGGGGGGACAGCCUCAGAUCCAAAAUGGCCAAAUGCUAAUUACUGCUAUAUGUCAGCCAGUCGAGUCGGUUUGAAUGAGAAAAGGCUGCCAGCUUUAUUCAUCACCGAGGUCAGAGGUUCAGCACCAGGGGCUCAAUUCCAAACCUGUUUUCAGUUCCUUACCAGAGGUCCUCAUUGGCUUAUCCAGGUACAGAUCUGACGUGAUAAGACUGUUCACAACACUAUGGCUAUAAUGAUUGAACUCUGGAUUGCUCUGGAGAUUUUCGGUCAUAUUGCUAACACCUAUCCAGUUGUGUCAUAUCUGCAAGGAGACUCAACAAGGGCUUGCGGGUAGGCUCUAGGGAUUGUUUAAGGUAUUUGGCCAAUCGCAUCCUCAUUGUAUAGUAUGUACACACAUUAACCAAGCACAUGGUCACGGUGGAUAUACCACUAAUUGGACACUCAUUCUGGCUCUUAAAGGCCCAGUACAGUCAAAAACGUGAUUUUCCUGUGUUUUAUAUAUAUUUCCACACUAUGAGGUUGGAAUAAUACUGGGAAAUUAUGAAAAUGAUGAUAAUGCCCUUUUAGUGUACAAGCUGUUUGAAAAGCCUGAAAUGUCUUCCUGUUUUGGUGGGAUGGAGUUUUGGCCAUUCAUGGUGAUAUCACCAUGCGGUAAAUUAGUUAAUAGACCAAUAAGAAAGAGAGUUCCGAACCUCUCUGCCAAUAACAGCACACCACUCAGACCACUCCCAGAAUGUCCUAGCAAAAUUCUUGCUUUAGAAAUUGCCCUUUGCUGAGAAGCUAUAUUAUUUAUUUUUUGCCAUUUUAAUUGAAAGCAAUCACAGUGAGGUACUUCAAUGUUUCCCAGAAAGGAUUUGAUAUUGAGAUAAAAAAAACAGCUGCAUUGCACCUUUAAGAAACGUCCAGUCAGUCUACUGUGGUCAGUUCCAAAAGACCCACAGAACAGUGAUUCAUAGCUCAUUGUGUUGCAUUUGAAUGUAUUUUGUUGCUCUUCUUUUGUUCUCUGUGCGUGACUGUUGCUAUGCGUGUUGCUAUGCGUGUUGCGGUGUUGAUGUACCGUAGGUGUAUUAUUAUUAUUGUACAACAGCUGCACUAUCGCAUUCCUUUGUGUGUAUUUUUUGUUCUGGUGUUCAUAAUCACUGGUUUGCAAUCCCCGAGCACUGAGAUUGCCAGUCCUAUGUUGCUUGCCUUUACGUUUUUUGUGUUUGUUUUGUCAGCUUGUGACCAGUGUAACGUUUAUCUCUUCCUAUGAUUGGUAUUAUUUCCAAUUCUAGUUUGCAUACCUUUUCCAUUUUAGCACUCAAUGGAAUUUAGAUGGAACUUGCUGUGACUGCACAUUGCACUCGUCUACCACGACGUCUCGGCUAUGUAACAUUGAACAACUCGCCUGGGUAGAUAAAAGGGUGGAUCCACGGAAGUAACACGACCGUAAUAUAACCGCUUACAUGGCCUUUGAAACUUUGACUCAAAUUAUACUUCACUCAUAUAAAAUAAUGGUAGGUGGGUGAAAUGUACAAUGUUUUAUUGAUAUACUACACACGAACAAACCUUAGAACGCAAAACAUCCACGUCAACUUCUCAGAUUUAGUUCACCUCUGGAGUUACUUAAGAUUGACCUGAAUGCACUUUCACAUAACUUCAAUUCGUCGGAUUGUUCAGAUGUUUCACAAACUUGAUACAGUGCUAACAGACGGAUGCUCACAGCCUGAGUGUGCUGUAUGUGUAGAAGCUCAUUACUAGAAGGCUUGUUCUGGAAAUAGAAAAUGGAGUCUCGCUCCCUACUCCUUGACCCACAGCCCAGGCGUGUGAAUCUCACUUCUCCACUCACUCUCACUGAGGAGAGGAAAGGACACGCUGAGGUGUGUGUAUGUGUGUGUGUGUACGUGCGUACGUGCGGGUGCGUGUGUGUGACAGUGUCAACAGCACAUGGAAACUGCAGUGCAGUCUGUCAACUGACCACAACGCGGUCUAUCCCAUAAUUCAGUCUGCCCUCUCUAAAUUGAAACCUACUGAUGUACUUGAGAGCACGAAAAGCCCAUUCCUUCACAUAUACAGUACUUUUGAAACAACCAAAUCACUUGAAUUGUACGAUCCAACCAAUCUUCUUGUCUUUGUUGUGUUGCUAUGUACUUUUCUCUCGGCUUCUUUUUUCUUUGUACCAGAACUGGCAAACAAUGUUAUUGGUGGUUUCUGUGUUUGUUUAUUUUUCCCCGCUUUCUAUUCAAUCAUUUUAUUAUAGUGUUCUUUGAGACAUUUCUACCUCAUGGCUACAUAUUACACAUGUAGUAUUUCAUUUAUGUCUUCUGAAUGUCCUACAAUUUGUUGACAAAUCGAACAAAAGAAAAACAAAAAGCCAAGUGGGUGGAGAGCAGGAAAUCACAGGUCCUUGAGUCUACCUCAGAGGCACUGAGCAGAGGAGAUGGUGGUACAGUCUAACGUGUGUCUGACAAAACCGGAUGCACACUCACUCAAGACUCUGAGCGACAUACAGAUAGACACACAACACCCGCAAGGGAACAUUUCUGGUGGACUGGAGGAAACUGCUGGACUUUGCAGGUCCUCUCCGAGGUCUCUCUUGAUGCAUAAUCCAAUGCGUUGCUUUAAUCUUUGGUGAGCUGUAGUUGUGUGAUUGUGUAUAUUACGUGGGCACACAUGAAAAUGAUUUGGUUUGUGUGGGAUUUUAUAUAUAAUUAGUAGAUGUAAAACACACUUGCACAAAACUUUAACUGAGUGUAACGUGUUUCUGUUGUACAUAUUUAUAUACAUAAAUACAUACAAAAUGCACCACAUACAUGUUUAUAUGUGUGAAUAUGUUGCCAUACUUGCAGUCGACUUAAAUGUAUUUUCAUGUAAUCUGUCUGAGGUACAAAAGACAACAACUGAUUCAUUAAAGAUGUUUUCUUGAAAU